UUUUCCGUCGGCUCGUCGCCAGUGUAGCUCGCAGGCGUCGGCGUGCUCCCCCGGGGCUCCCUCUUUGGGCAGCCCGGGGGGGGGGGCGGAGAGAGAGCCCGCCGAGAGGUCCGGCGGGGCAGCCUGGGGGGGAGGCUCGUCUCGAGGCCCAGCGGAGGAGGAGGAGGAGGAGGAAGGGGAGGAAGAGGAGGAGGACGACGACGACGAGGCGCGCCCAGAUACAGCGGGGCCUCUGGCGGCCAGGCCUGGACGGCUGCCCACCGCAGACUGCGGGGGAGGAGCGGAGCGGGUGCCUCCUCCCGGACCGGGCCUCCGCCCGCACCGUGGCGAGCAGGGAGGAGGGAGAACCGCUCGAUCGCCGGAGGAGGAGGAGGAGGAGGAGGAGGAGGAGGAAGAGGAGGAGGAGGAGGAGGAGGAGGAGGAGGAGGGGGAGCAGGAGGAGCGGAGGAGCAGGAGGAGGACUGGGAGGAGUGGGGAGCGGGGGAGGAGCGGAGCGCGUGCCUCCUCCCAGACCGGGCCUCCGCCCGCACCGUGGCGAGCAAGGAGGAGGGAGAACCGCUCGAUCGCCGGAGUAGGAGGAGGAGGAGGAGGAGGAGGAGGAGGAGGAGGAGGAGAGUGGGAAGGCGCCUGAAGAAGUCUGGACGCUGGGGAUCUAGAAAUACCUACGUUCAACGACCGAUGUGUAUACGCAGGAGGACGCACCGGCUUCUCGCGACGGCUGGCGCACAGGCCGCCAGCGCGGCACAUGGCACAGAACAUGCAGAGGGAGAUCGCGCUCGCGCGCGAUCUUAUGUCCGCGCGAUUCGCCCACUACCGUUCCGUUUUUGCCUGAGACCAUCGGCUUUGCGAGGCCUUCGGCCCACACAUCCUUUCUGGGGCUCGAUCGUGGGCUCGCCUUGGCAGUCGCCCUGGCAUCUGGCGCCCUUGGCAGCCGCCUGACUACUCCCACUCCGUGCCCGCAGCCUUCCCCUCGAAGAAGACGAAGCACAGCGGCAUCAAGACGACAAACGACUGCAUGAUGUACACGGCAGCCUGGUAUAUGUUAUUAGAAGUGCAUCUGGUCUGGCGCUCGGACUUGAUGUCGUCCAUGAUCUCUGCCUGGUCCGCCAGAGUCCCGUAGAUGUCGCCCAUGACCCUCGUCCCACAGCUCGUCGAGGAAGCUCAGGUCUCCGCUGGGGUCGUCCAGGUUGUACAAGAACGUGAU